AUGGUCAAUCGAGGCCCCGGGCCAGAUGAUCGUCGAGAUAAGGACGCUCAGGAUGGCGUGGCCCAAGAACAUGCUUCGGCCGAUGUCGAUAUGACCAGUCCAGAGGUUGAUCACACUCAGGAAACAAAUAUUGCCGAAAGCAAUACCACACGACAGAUAUCAGAUAUCAACGUACGUCUCGAGGAACACCGCGAAGAUAUCAAAGAGAACAAUGGGAUGAUCGCCUAUAUCGGGAACGCCCAGUACUAUUUCGAGGGCAUGAUCGACAAAUUCGAAGACACUAUUAACAAACACUGUUCCGACUGCGAUCGAAAGCUGAAAAAGAUUUCUCGUAACCUUGGUGACAUGUCUUCUACCAGUCAGAUCAAAGCGGCUCGCGAACUGCAUCAAAACAAGGGUCAAGACGAAAUGCGCAAGACGAAUGAGGCCCUAAGCUCGGAGAAUGCCAGGCUCAAGGAGCAAGUCGAGAAGCAGGAUGCUGCUAUUAAGCAGCUCACCUCUACCGUGACCGAUCUGAUGGGUCGAUUUGCUAAGCUUGAGUCCACAGUUGACUGCAAGGAGGCAGAGCGGAAGCUUAGCGAGUUAGAAGUCUAA